AUGAAGCCCAAAUACGCCUAUGCUCUCGGGGCUUUGUCUGCUUUGGCCAACGUCGCCUCUGCAGAUCUGCGAUUCCGAUCCCGCCCCGAACUCGCCAUCCCCAGGCUGAACAUCAGAACCCCUGCCUACGGCCAUGCCACAGAAAAAGGUCUGAUUUUCAUCACUCCUUACGAGGGCUUCGCCGAAGGCCACCAAGGCCCGACUCAGCCGGGUGCCUAUAUUAUCCGCGACGACGGCGAGCUAGUCUGGUCGGGCACAGGCUUCCACGCAGGCUGGGGAGCCAACUUUCGUCCCGAGACCUGGGACGGCAAACAGUACUUGCGCGUCUUUCAAGGAACUCUUAUGGGCUUCAUGGACAGUGGGAAAAGUCUGGACCAUGUCGAUCCGAGGUCUGCGUUUUUCAAGAUCAACGGCACAAGUGGACAAGUCACAUGGCAGCUUGGGGGCUACCGCGGUGGUUCUGACUUUGAGAUCGCCGAAACCGAGGUCUUCGCCUUCGAACACCACGCCCGUUUCCGAGGCCGUUCCUUAGACGGAAGCCUCGAAACCAUCUCUUUCUUCGACAAUGGCGCACACUCGGCCCCAGUCCAGAUUCGCCCUUACUCACGCGCUCGCGUCGUUCAGCUGAACCACACGAGCGGCGUAGCUACGUCACUCCGCACGUACGACGCCCCUGAUGGCUUGUCGGCACGCACUCAAGGCAGCGUGCAGUUAUUUCCGAAUGGCAACGUGUUUGUCGACUGGGGUGAAGCUGGUGCCGUGACAUAA